AUGGCGAAUGAAUAUGAAAGAGCUAUGAUGUUUGCUAUUGCUAAUAUAGAGAGGCAAGAAGCUCAAAAUGUCAGACAACCGUUUGGCAUUAAAAUAGACCCUUUAUUAGCAUUAAGUGAUCAUCUUUUUAUAAAAACUUACCGAUUGAGUAAAGUUUUAACAAAAUAUUUAAUCGAGUUAGUCACUCCAUUUAUGGAACCACCAAAACGUACGUCGGCUUUGAGCAUCCAAAAUAAGUUAUUCUUUGAGGUUGAAGCUAAGGUUUCACAAGGUAUAAAAGAAUCAGAAGUUGGUUAUCAAGUGGCUUUCAGUAAACAAGAAUUAAGGAAAGUAACUAAAGAGUGGUUUGGAGACCUAUGCAAGAAUCCUGGUUCCAUGAUUUCAUUAAAAUUUUCCAUUGAAGAUCUAUUACAGUAUUUCUCAGAAAUUGCUAGAUCCCAUUAG